UUUCUCUCUCACUAUAUAUAUAAACCUCCUCUCUUCUCUUCAGCUAACCCUUACACUCCUCCAUUUUCGUCUCACCCUCUCUCUCGAGCGCAACCACCAGCUAGCAAGUCAGGCAGGCCACAUCUUUCGCUAGACUUGGCUUGGUCUGUUUCGCUCUCUGUCUCUAGAUAUCUCCUCUGUCUCCGACUUCAAAAGAAUUUGUAGAAAAUGGCCGAUGCCGAGGAUAUUCAACCCCUUGUCUGUGACAAUGGAACUGGAAUGGUGAAGGCUGGGUUUGCAGGUGAUGAUGCACCCAGGGCAGUGUUUCCCAGUAUUGUGGGUAGACCAAGACACACUGGUGUCAUGGUUGGAAUGGGGCAGAAGGAUGCCUAUGUUGGUGAUGAAGCACAAUCUAAAAGAGGUAUCUUGACCUUGAAAUACCCCAUUGAGCACGGUAUUGUAAGCAACUGGGAUGAUAUGGAGAAGAUUUGGCAUCACACUUUCUACAAUGAGCUUCGUGUUGCUCCUGAAGAGCACCCAGUCCUCCUGACUGAGGCUCCCCUCAACCCUAAGGCUAACAGAGAGAAGAUGACUCAAAUUAUGUUUGAGACCUUCAAUGUUCCUGCAAUGUAUGUUGCCAUCCAGGCUGUCCUUUCCCUGUAUGCCAGUGGUCGUACAACUGGUAUUGUGUUGGAUUCUGGUGAUGGUGUGAGUCACACUGUGCCAAUCUAUGAAGGUUAUGCCCUUCCACACGCCAUCCUUCGUUUGGAUCUUGCUGGUCGUGACCUCACUGAUGCUUUGAUGAAGAUUCUGACUGAGAGAGGUUACAUGUUCACCACCACUGCUGAACGGGAAAUUGUCCGUGAUAUGAAGGAGAAACUUGCGUAUGUUGCCCUCGACUACGAGCAGGAGCUUGAGACUGCCAAGAGCAGCUCCUCUGUUGAGAAGAACUACGAGCUUCCUGAUGGUCAGGUCAUCACCAUCGGAGCUGAGAGAUUCCGUUGCCCAGAAGUCCUCUUCCAGCCUUCUCUCAUUGGAAUGGAAGCUGCUGGCAUCCACGAGACUACAUACAACUCAAUCAUGAAAUGUGAUGUGGAUAUUAGAAAGGAUCUGUACGGUAACAUUGUGCUCAGUGGUGGUUCCACUAUGUUCCCUGGUAUUGCUGACCGAAUGAGCAAGGAGAUCACCGCCCUUGCCCCUAGCAGCAUGAAGAUCAAGGUGGUUGCACCACCAGAGAGAAAGUACAGUGUCUGGAUUGGAGGAUCUAUCCUUGCUUCCCUCAGCACCUUCCAGCAGAUGUGGAUUUCCAAGGGUGAGUAUGAUGAGUCUGGCCCAUCCAUUGUCCACAGGAAGUGCUUCUAAGUUCUACAAGUGCUUUGAUGGUGAGUUCUUUUUCCUAUUUAGUUGGCUUUUUUCGUGUCAAGGUGUCAUGAACUCAAAGUCCUGGUUGAUAUGGAGAAUUUAUUGAGGUGGGGGUCACUGAAGGAGAAGGGAACAUUCUGAUCUUCGAUGUAUCGAAUAGGCUUGUGAUUCAAUGUUGAUAUCGCCGCCAUUUGUGAAGCUUAAACUGUAAUGGUCCUCCCUCCAGAUGUGGUGGGCAGACAGACACUUUGGUAAUCAAGUUCUUUGCUUCCCUCACAUCAUCACCAAUGGUUCAACCUUGUGUCUUUUUUAGUAGGAUGCUUGUAGUCGGUGAGUGAUUGUGAUGAUGCUUUUCUAUUUUUAUUUUUUUCCAUCUCGACAUUUGAAGGGUUUAUUUUUUUUUCCUGGGAACAUUAAUGUUAAUAGUUAUUGUAUGAGAAAUUUUAUGUUAGUGUCAAUUUGCUUUCAUAAACCCUAUGGAAAUCAUAUUUAAUACUUUUGUUUGAACUUUGAA